AUGGAUCGUUUCAAUCCUUCUCGGGGCUCCCCACUGCACCAGAUCUCUUUCAACCGAGAUCUAUUGCCUCGCCAUUGCAGCUCCAAAGUGACAGAGCUGCCUUCUUCUUCUUCCAUCCUUGAUAGCAUUUGUUCUGCCAACCCCCGUUGCCGUGAAUCUGGUCUCAUUACUGUCAACUGGACAGACUCCGGUUCCAAAAGUCCAGAGGAAACCAUGGCUUACCAGCAAUCAUGGUCUAUGGAGCCAGCUCUCAAUUACGCACUCAUUCCAUCUCAGUCGUCAUUUGAACAUAUUCCCAACGGGUUACCCCGUACAGUGGGCUCCCACGACCACGCCCUGUUUGACUGGUCAACAUCCUCGAUGGCAUCCAACUAUUCCUGCUCGAGACAAUUGAAGCCCGAAUCACGACGCAUACCUGAUUACAAGGGUUUAUCUUCAUCGGAAUGGGUUCAGGCACCCAGCCUCAGGACACAGUCAUUCUACAAGUCUUCACACCUGUUGGGAUCUCACCAACCCCCGCACUCAGAAUCCUCCACAGCUAGUAGCUAUCCCCCCCCCUCCACCACCACCACCAGCACCACCAAUAUGCUGUCAUCAUCUUCAUCACCCACUUUGACAAGUUCACCAUAUCAUUCAUCAUCACUGGACAGGUUGUAUCCCUCAAUCAAGCAAGAGGUUGACCGUGAGGACCCGGGGCCGAACCUGGAUGAAGCAGACGAUGCGAAUGCAGAUCCCCCGUACUCUCAGCUAAUCUACGAAGCUCUUCGAACAGCACCCGGGAAGAAAUUACCACUUCAGGGUAUUUACGGGUGGUUCGAGAAAAAUACGGCCAAGGGGAAGGACGGGAACUCAAAGGGUUGGCAGAACAGUAUUCGACACAACCUGUCAAUGAAUGCGGGGUUUGAAGCUAUCCGAGAGGAAUCCAUGCCCGGCAAGAAGGCUGUCAAUUUCUGGCGCUUGACAGAUGAGGCCGUAAAUAACGGCAUCCAAUCUACAACCCGGUACAGAAAGCAGGCGAAUUACAAAAAGUCAAUGGCUUCGGAUCCGCCGGCCCCUCAACGUCAGCGGUCCGGGGCGAAAGGAGGGAAAGCUACGAAAAUCACGGCCAGAUUUCGAGGUAGCAUGAGCCAAGAUGAAUUACGAAGAGAGCGGUACCGUCAACGAAUAAUACCUUCGCAGCGGCAUUUCCAGAAGAACGUCUACGGCCAGUACCUGCACCCGCCCACGGGGACAACGACGUCGACUCCAUCAACCUACCAUGCUCCAGGAGGGCCAAUCGUCUCAGCUGAGCUCUUUGAUUUGGACCAUGUCGUUGGUUGUGCUGACCCCCCUAGUUUCUUCGACAUGGCGGGGCCGGGGCCAGACUGCCUCGCGUUCGACGCUGGGUUCGUGGGAUGGGAUGGGAUGUCCUCAUUCCCCAAUGGUUUGUUCCCAGGUCCCGAGAUCUCAACAGAUCUUCAAAAACAACCCGCACCCUUGUACGAAAAGAAAGCUCUGAAUGGAGAUGGCAACACGGUGAUGAUGAAUUUCAAGUUGCUAGGCCACGAAAAGCGCCACGAUAUCGCCAGUCCAACCGGGAGGGUUGCCUUGGGUUGCCCUCGGGGGGUGGACGCCACCUUUUACUCCAUUGAAAUCGCCGAUGUGACUCGGGUUCGACGUGCAUAUAUCGCUGAGGAGUGA